AUGAUUGGUGAAAGUACAUCAGGAGACGUGAAUCCUGCUUUGACAAGAAAUAUUUCUACAAAUAAGAGUACGCCGGUAAGCUCGCCCUCAUUGAGCUUUCGAUCAUCACCACCAGAGAACAAUAUUGAGGGAUCACAGACGCAAGGGCCUAAUUUAACGAGUACCGUUUCUUACGGGGAGGCAGCACCAGGUGCAUAUCCACCUGGAGUGAGUGUGGAGCGAAAUAGCAGGACUAGUACCCCUAAUGAAAACGCGAAUGGUAUGUCGAGCGAGUCGACAGAUGGACCAGGUUCAAAUUUUACGCUGGCGAAUGGGCCGGGACAAUCUGAGAAUACGGUGCCUACAAAUGGAUCGCUGUCAAAUAUAGUGUCGAAGACUCCUUCUAACACUGCCAAUAACCCCCCGGGUCCUACAAGAAGAUCAUCGUUUGGAUUAGGGUUCUUAAGCUCUCUUACUAAUUCUAUUAGAUCACAGCAUAAUACGUCAUCUGCGUCUGAGACACCACACAACUUCAUGUCAAAUAGUCCUACUAUUGCCAACUUGAAUAAUUAUUCGAUGUCGUUAUCGGAGCCUAAUGAACCUAUAAUUAGCGAAGAUGCUAUACCUCAUUCAAAUGAAACCAACGUAUCGGAAUCAAGUAACAGUGAUUUUGACCACAAUGCUGAAUUGAACAAUUUGUCUAAUUUGAAUGAUGAAGCUAUAGACGGUGAUCGGACGCGGGUCGCAGUGAACAAUCCGUCUGAAGACCAGUUAGCAGAAGGGUCGAACAAGGUUGCUGAUAACGGAAUUGAUAAAGAUGGUUGUUUUUCUGUAAGAUUAACACCAUUAAUAGACUAUUCGUCUUCUGCAUCGGGAUUGUAUUUUUCACCUAUUAUACGGAAGGUGAAACCUAGCAAUAAUAUUUCAAUAGGCAGAUAUACAGAAAAGAAUAAGAGUGCAGCGCAUGCACCACAAGGAUCGUCCGCGCCGAUAGUUUUCAAGUCGAAGGUUGUCUCGAGAACUCAUGCAUUAUUCCAAUGUAACGAAGACGGGCAAUGGUUCUUGAAGGAUUGCAAAUCGUCCUCGGGAACAUUCCUUAAUCAUAUAAGGUUAUCACCAGCAUCACAAGCUCUGACAUUAAUGCCAUUAAUAGAUGGUGACAUAGUACAAUUAGGAAUGGAUUAUAGGGGUGGUACAGAGGAAGUUUAUAGAUGUGUUAAGAUGAGGUGUGAAUUCAAUAAAAGUUGGCAACGUAAGGUUAACCAAUUCAAUUUAGAAAUUCACCAGAAGUUGAAGAAUUUGGCCAUAGGCUCGAACGACAACGAUAUAGCCAUGAAUCCAAUAAAUAAGGCCCUUGCAAAUGAAAAUUUUUCAGAGUGUGCAAUAUGCUUACUUGAAUUAGAACCAUGUCAGGCGUUGUUCAUAAGUCCUUGUUCCCACUCGUGGCAUUAUAAAUGUAUUAGGCCAAUCAUUAUCAAGAGUUAUCCUCAAUUCUACUGCCCAAAUUGUCGGUCAAUGUGUGACUUGGAAACAGAUAUAGAAGACGAGGGUGAAUAG